GUUGCGUCUGCCGCAGCAACAGGGUGCGGCCCGGUGGGGGGCGCGGGCGCCAGCGCGGGCCCAGCUUCCAGGAAGGUGGUCCGCGAGCGGCCCCCUGCUCACCUUCCAGGUCCCCCGCGCGUCCCCGGCCCUGCCCAGGACCCCCGGCCGGCCGCCACCCGCGUCCGGGAAGCUCCAACCUGAGCCAUGUUUUUCACCUGUGGUCCAAACGAGGCCAUGGUGGUCUCUGGUUUCUGCCGGAGCCCCCCAGUCAUGGUGGCUGGAGGACGUGUCUUUGUCCUGCCUUGCAUCCAGCAAAUCCAGAGGAUCUCUCUCAACACACUGACCCUCAAUGUCAAGAGUGAAAAGGUUUACACUCGCCAUGGGGUCCCCAUCUCAGUCACUGGCAUUGCCCAGGUGAAAAUCCAGGGCCAGAACAAGGAGAUGUUGGCAGCCGCCUGCCAGAUGUUUCUGGGAAAGACAGAGGCUGAGAUUGCCCACAUUGCACUGGAGACGCUGGAGGGCCACCAGAGGGCUAUCAUGGCCCAUAUGACUGUGGAGGAAAUCUAUAAGGACAGGCAGAAAUUCUCAGAACAGGUUUUCAAAGUGGCCUCCUCAGACUUGGUCAACAUGGGCAUCAGUGUGGUCAGCUACACCCUAAAGGACAUUCACGAUGAUCAGGACUAUUUGCACUCCUUGGGGAAGGCUCGAACAGCUCAAGUCCAAAAAGAUGCACGGAUUGGGGAAGCAGAGGCCAAGAGAGAUGCUGGGAUCCGGGAGGCCAAAGCCAAGCAGGAAAAGGUGUCUGCUCAGUACCUGAGUGAAAUCGAGAUGGCCAAGGCGCAAAGGGACUACGAGCUGAAGAAGGCCGCGUAUGACAUCGAGGUCAACACCCGCCGAGCACAGGCUGAUCUGGCCUAUCAGCUACAGGUGGCCAAGACGAAGCAGCAGAUCGAGGAGCAGCGGGUACAGGUGCAGGUGGUGGAGCGGGCCCAGCAGGUGGCAGUGCAGGAGCAGGAGAUCGCCCGCCGGGAGAAGGAGCUGGAGGCCCGGGUGCGGAAGCCAGCGGAAGCCGAGCGCUACAGGCUGGAGCGCCUGGCAGAGGCAGAGAAGUCCCAGCUGAUCAUGCAGGCAGAGGCAGAAGCCGAGUCUGUGCGGAUGCGGGGGGAGGCCGAGGCCUUUGCCAUAGGGGCCCGAGCCCGGGCGGAAGCUGAGCAGAUGGCCAAGAAGGCAGAGGCAUUCCAGCUGUACCAGGAGGCUGCUCAGCUGGACAUGCUGCUGGAGAAGCUGCCCCAGGUGGCAGAGGAGAUCAGCGGUCCCUUGACCUCGGCCAAUAAGAUCACACUGGUGUCCAGUGGAAGUGGGGCCAUGGGGGCUGCCAAAGUGACUGGGGAAGUGCUGGACAUCCUGAGCCACCUGCCAGAGAGCGUGGAGAGACUCACAGGCGUCAGCAUCUCCCAGGUGAACCACAAGCCUUUGCGAACAGCCUGAGCCCUCGACCUUCGUGAUGCCCACCCUCGUAGCUCAAGCCUCAUUGCCUGAAUGGUCCCCACAUUGCAUGCACUUAAGCUGGCUACCUGAGCUGUCCUUUGACAGCAGGGUUCCAACCCUCAUCUCUCCUUGCCAAACAGCCUGUGCCUUGCCUUGGAGGGGAAAGGUUGCUCCCUUUCCCAACCCCACACUGCCAAGACUGCCCGUCCCCCAGGGGUCCCAUGCCAGCCUUCUGAUGAUCCCACCCCUCAAUGUAUUUAACUUAAUUACUGUCUGAGCCUGUUGUCCAGAAUUCUUUCCUGACUGAGACUUGAGGGGAUGGUCUGCAGGUUUUCAGUUUUACUUGUCAAAUAAAUGCUGUUAAUAAGUACUGAUAGUUAAUGAAACAGAAUUCAGAAUAAAUGCUAGAAUGCAUCUUUCCCCCUUGCAUUCAAUAGGCUUUUUAAAAUGGGAGAAAGGCAGUAGUUAACUUGUGUCCUGUUGAGUUGCAGGAUUAAUUUUUCCCCCAAAGUUGCUUAUAGUCAGAAAAGCAUGCUGAAGUGGAAGCUAUCUGAGAAUUACAUUGGACCCUAGAAUUACUGAAAAUAUGGCCAAGGGAAAUUAUUUUUAAAUUUCCAAUUGUUACAUUUGAGGAUAUCUUUGAGACUGUUACGCUGCGCUCUUUAAAGCAUGAGGUACUAGGUGGAACAUAACCUUAGUUUAGAAUGGGACCAUCAUAUGACAUCCCCGCUAGUGAUUGCCUUAGGUUGACUGAGAAAACCCACAGCAUUACAAAAAACAGCGACAUCCACCACCCAAAGGAACCCUCCAUGUGCUGUGCAUUGAAAGUGGCACAACAGUGGCUUUCAGCUCCAUGCUUUCACGAUAUUCUUCUGGAAUACCAUUAAAAGACUGCUGGGGUCCAACCCAUUUCUGGUUCAGUAUACCUGGGCAGGCCUGAGAAUAUCCGUUUCAAGGGGACACUGAUGAUGCUAGUCUGGCAACCACUUACUUAACAUUCAUGUCAUUUCCCCUUUUCUAUCCCUAGAUCCUACAUCUGAGCCUAUGCCUAUCCUAGCUAUUAAGCCUGGUACUGGUGGUGGGUACCAGCAAUUAAGGUAUAAAGAUAUUUUCAUCACUAUGGGAAGCACAGUAUAUAGCAUUAACAAUUUGAGCCCCAUGCCUCCACCAGCAAUCUUUCCCUGAAUGAGCACACGUCUUGCAACUUUUUUUUUUCAAUUCCCAUUUAUUUUUGGCUCUUGGGGCAGUCAUCUUUUCAAUAUGAAAAAAAGCAGCAAGUUCAACACAAAAUAGAAAUCUGAAGUGUAGAAUAGGACAAAACCAAGGUUGAGGGGGAAAAGGCAAUAGCAAAAGAGAUGAGAUGUUGCCAAGACAGGGUAUCCUGUCCCCUCUCCGGGGAAUGACAAACAUUUAGGCGGCAGCACACCCCUUUCCAGAAACACACAAAAGGGCUGGUAUUCAUUUUUUAUGCAGGAAGACGGAGUGGGGAGGGCCUUUCUGGAAGUUGACAGACCAAGGCUAGUCUCUCCUUGACCCCCUUUCUGAGCAGGAAUAAAGGAAGGAAUCCCAGCACUUAAAGGAAGCAAAGUGGUAGAGAGGGAAGGAUCCCCCUUGACAGGGUGGGGCCAGACCCCUGCAAAAGAAACAGCUCAAGGACAGAGCUUGAAGGGAGACUGAAAAUGGAGAUAAUACUGUUAACACCUCCCUGGAAACUGAGAGCACGGAGAUACCUGAAAAUUAGGACUUCCACAGCUUGGACGGCCCUCUCCAAACCCCCACCCUUUCCUUGUAGGGACUUCUCCCUGCUGUGAGGUUGCUUGGUUUCCUUUCCCCUGGGCUACCACAUGGGCCUAGGAUGGUAGUCACCCAUCCGGGUUUUCAGCACACAGUUCUAAAUGGGAUCUGAUGAGAUCCAGCUUCUUGGAGAGUUAUCUUGAAAAGAGAGGGGAAUGUUAACUGGACAGAUGGGAGGAGUGGGCACCAGAAGGAAAAACAGGGUUACCCAGAAUGGCAGAAAUCUAGGUUUCCCAGAGUGGAAAGAGAGAGGAGACAUUCAACAAACAACAAAUAUUUAUUGAGCGCCUAUUAUGUGCCAGGCACUGUUCUAGAACCCACCCCCCCCAAAAGAAACAAGAUAGAGGCAGAAAACGCGAAUUCUGAGGGAAAGGGGCGGUUGAGGAAGAAGGCUGAGGGGACUGAGAAGGCUGAGGUGAUGGGGCUCGGCCUUAGGCCUCCUCUUCGGCUUCCUCACCGAAAUCCUCCUCCUCUUCUGCGGUGGCAUCCUGGUACUGCUGGUACUCGGAGACGAGGUCAUUCAUGUUGCUCUCAGCCUCGGUGAACUCCAUCUCGUCCAUGCCCUCACCUGUGUACCAGUGGAGGAAGGCCUUCCGGCGGAACAUGGCAGUGAACUGCUCCGAGAUGCGCUUGAACAGCUCCUGGAUGGCUGUGCUGUUUCCGAUGAAGGUGACUGCCAUCUUGAGGCCACGGGGUGGGAUGUCGCAGACGGCUGUCUUGACAUUGUUGGGGAUCCAUUCCACGAAGUAGCUACUAUUCUUGUUCUGCACGUUAAGCAUCUGCUCAUCCACCUCCUUCAUGGACAUCCGCCCACGGAAGACAGCAGCCACGGUGAGGUACCGGCCAUGGCGGGGGUCACAGGCAGCCAUCAUAUUCUUGGCAUCGAAGACCUGCUGGGUGAGUUCGGGCACAGUGAGGGCCCGAUACUGCUGGCUGCCACGGCUGGUGAGAGGGGCAAAGCCGGGCAUGAAGAAGUGGAGACGUGGGAAGGGCACCAUGUUGACUGCCAGCUUGCGGAGGUCAGCAUUGAGCUGACCAGGGAAGCGAAGGCAGGUGGUGACACCGCUCAUAGUGGCUGAGACGAGGUGGUUCAGGUCCCCGUAGGUUGGCGUGGUCAGCUUGAGGGUGCGGAAGCAGAUGUCGUAAAGGGCCUCGUUGUCGAUGCAGUAGGUCUCGUCGGUGUUCUCCACCAACUGAUGGACGGAGAGGGUGGCAUUGUAGGGCUCCACCACAGUGUCGGACACCUUGGGUGAGGGUACCACACUGAAGGUGUUCAUGAUGCGGUCAGGAUACUCUUCACGGAUCUUGCUGAUAAGCAAGGUACCCAUCCCAGAGCCUGUGCCCCCGCCCAGCGAGUGGGUCAGCUGGAAGCCCUGCAGGCAGUCACAGCUCUCAGCCUCCUUCCGGACCACAUCCAAGACCGAGUCAACCAGCUCGGCCCCCUCUGUGUAGUGGCCCUUGGCCCAGUUGUUGCCUGCACCAGACUGACC